AUGACAAAUGAUAUCCACGACACUUUACAAGCUCUCCUCGCCCGCAUGGAAGCUUUGGAAGCACGCUCUGCUGCUCCUCCUGUGGCCCUUGAUGGUUCUUCUGCUGAUGAAGACGACACAAUGCUACCUACCGACCAUAUUGUCGAACGACCUAUCGCAUCUGAUCUCACUCCUUUCCCCGAACUUAUUAAAGCCAUUCCCGGGAUGGAGCGCGACUUCUUCAGGCAACCCUUGGACGAAGCCUCUCGCCGCCGAUUCCUCCUUAACUGCCCACGAAAUGUACUUCGUCAGUACCAAGCCCCUGUUCUCAACUACAGUGGCGUGGGAACUCACACCAAACGUACUGAUGCCCAACUCGCUGAUAUUCAGUUCCGCCUAUCUGGUCUCACCCGUCCCAUCGACCUGUUCGCACAUGAUGUGCUUGUGGAAGGAUCUAUCCAGGUUACACAGGCAUUGGGUUUUGCCAACACUAUGCAUGAAUUACUAUCAGACCUUGCCUCUGUUGUCACCCAGAUGCGUAGUGAUAAUAUCUGCCGAGAUGCCAAUCUACCUAUCACACCAAUUGUCACCAACUCUGCCUUGGAGCCCAAACCACUUCUCGACUCUCAACGAAUUGUGGAACAAGCUAAGCUCCAGCGUGCUCUGCACGACGCCGCACGACCUUCCCGAACGAGAAAGGGAAAACGCACCGGCCAACCAAACCGGACCAACAAACCCACUCAAUCUGACCCGACUUUUGCUAUCCCAUCGCCCACAGCUGUCCAAGUCUCAGACAACCAAUACACCACAGUAGGUGGGCGCCUUCAACUGUUUCGCAACGCAUGGACCAAACUCACAAACGAACACUGGAUUCGACGCACCGUCGAACAAGGGUACGACAUCCCUUUCACUCGUCUGCCACCCAUCUCCUCGUCCGGACCGUUGACGAACCACAACUGGAUGGACAGCAAUGUGAUCGAACAGGAGAUCAUGUCCCUUCUGUGCAAGAAAGCCAUCGAGGAACAAGGAUAUGACACUAAUCAUCCCUCGCUCCAAGUUGAGAGAUAUCCGGAGAGAAGCAUCUCGCCUUCUCCACAACCCGACAAUCACCUUGAGACAGCUUUCCUCGUUCAUCGGCAAGGCCCAGACAACCACUUUGGCAGUCCUUCCCGCGCGCCUGCAAACCCGGCAACUGAUAUCCAUACGCAACCAAGCCUUGUACCGCGGAUUGCAAUGGACCAGUCCGAUACACCUCUCUUCCAUGGCUCGGCAGGAACUUCAGUGGUGGAUCGACCAGCUGAAGGCAUGGAAUGGACACUCGUUCCUCCCAGAACUUCCGACGUACAUGGCAUGGAAAUGGGAUCCGCAAGCAUUUGCGAUGGACGCACUUUCUGUACCUUGGACAACCUGGCCUCGCCUAUAUCUUUGUCCGCCGUGGAACCUACUUCUCCACAUACUGCAGAAACUACAACGAGAGAAGGUUCCCGCUACGUUGAUAACGCCCAACUGGUCGAGCGCCCUCUGGUAUCCUCUCCUCCUCCAGCUGUCGUCCCGCCCGCCAAUCCCCAUCCCUCGUCACCUGGUCCUUCCCGCACCAGGCUGCGCCGGCCACGUUCUCCUGAAGAACCCACACUGGAACAUGAUCGCGUGGGACAUAAAUUACGCAGGUUAGAAGACCAAGGAUUCGAUGACAAUGCCAACAUCAUCAUCCUCAACCGCGAUCGCAACCACUCCCGACGAUCCUAUAACCGUAUUCAACGCGCUUACAUCGACUGGGCACACCACCACGACGUCGACCCUUUCAUUCCUAACCCCGUUCAUAUAGUCAACUAUCUGGCCUAUGGUGCUACCCAUUUGAAAUGGAAAGCAUCCACUUGUCAAGCCUACCGCUCCGCCAUUCUUGAUUUGUACUCGGAUAAAGAUUCUAUUGUCAAAGACUCUACCUACAUUGAAUUCUUUUCCGCACUCAACGAACAGAACCUACUGUCUUUCCACCGUCCAACAUAUGAUAUUGCCCCGGUCAUUCGGUUCAUUCAUAACCUUGGUCCUAAUGACACAAUGAAUGCGAUAGAUCUCACACGUAAGUUGUGCUGGCUACUUGCCAUUUGUGGGUUUCUGCGUCCCGCCGAUUUGGAACGAGUCGAUGACCGCCGUACAUCAAGAGACAAUGGCAUCCUUCGCUUGGUCAUUGUUGCCCCCAAAGAAAAACGUUCAGGUAGACGCAUCGAAAGGGUUGUCGCCAUUCAACCUCAUGAAGACCCCUUACUUUGCCCCGUCGCCACCUAUCUAGCCUACAAGUCCAACAUCGCCUUCUCGGUCUGCGUUCGGCCUCACCCUGUCCUCUCUCAGGUGACUUUGCAAAGAUUAGUACGUGACGUCCGUAAUUACGAUAGACCCAUUGGAUCAGAACGGAUAUCCAAGCAUAUUCAAUUUCUCAUGGAGAAGAUCCCUCGUCCUUCUGGUGCCCUCCUCCCCAAGGCCCGGGCUCUCGGACCUACUCUUGCUUUGGCUUCUGGUGCUUCGGUUGAAGACAUUCUUGUACACGGCUCAUGGGCUUCCUCCGCCGUUUUUGACACAUUUUACCGCUUGUCACGACAGACUGUUAGCAAUUUCUCUACCAUGACUUUGACUUCUUCUAGCGGUUAUCUGGGCACACAGCCAGAGUCUCUGGCUGUCCCCUCCCUUCCCUUCCCUUCCUUAUUAUAA